AGGAAGGACACGAGGCUGAGCUGACGUGUGAAACAUCUCGUGGAGACACUCCAGUCGUGUGGCGCAAGGGUGACAAGAUCCUGAAAGCUGGAGCCAAGUAUCGCAUGGUGCGCGAGGGCAGGAAGGCCAGCCUCGUCAUCAGCUCUGUGGAGCUGGGAGACAGUGACCAGUACACGUGCGACUCUGGAAACUUCCAGACAACAGCAAAGCUCACUGUGACAGAAGCUGGAGUUGUAUUCACCAAAUCGCUCUCGGAUACCAAAGUCCAGGCAGAGGGUGAAGUGACCCUCUCGUGUGAGACCUCCAAGGCCGGGUCACCAGUGCAGUGGUACCAUGAUGAUCACCUGCUGGAUGGUAGCGACAAGCGGUUCCAUGUCAAGCGAGAUGGAAAGGCAGCUACACUGAAGAUCAGUCGCGUGGAGCUAACGGACAGCGGGAAGUACGUCUGUGACUCAGGCUUUGAGAAAACCAGUGCCACCUUGACCGUUACAGAGCUCCCUGUUGAAUUCUCCAAAGAGCUGGGAGAGCUGUCAGUUGAGGAAGGACACAAGGCUGAGCUGACGUGUGAAACAUCUCGUGGAGACACUCCAGUCGUGUGGCUCAAGGGUGACAAGAUCCUGAAAGCUGGAGCCAAGUAUCGCAUGGUGCGUGAGGGCAGGAAGGCCAGCCUCGUCAUCAGCUCAGUGGAGCUGGGAGACGGUGACCAGUACACGUGCGACUCUGGAAACUUCAAGACGUCAGCAAACCUCACUGUGACAGAAGCGGGAGUCGUUUUCACCAAAUCUCUCUCGGAUACCAAAGUCCAGGCAGAGGAUGAAGUAACCCUCUCGUGUGAGACCUCCAAGGCCGGGUCACCAGUGCAGUGGUACCACGAACAUGAGCUGCUGGAUGGUAGCGACAAGCGGUUCCAUGUGAAGCGAGACGGAAAGUCAGCCACGCUGAAGAUCAGUCGCGUGGAGCUAACGGACAGCGGGAAGUACGUCUGUGACUCGGGCUUGGAGAAAACCAGUGCAACCUUGACUGUUACAGAGCUCCCUGUUACAUUUACCAAAGAGCUGGGAGAGCUAUCGGUUGAGGAAGGACACGAGGCUGAGCUGACGUGUGAAACAUGUCGUGGAGACACUCCUGUCGCGUGGCGCAAGGGUGACAAGACCCUGAAAGCUGGAGCCAAGUAUCGCAUGGUGCGCGAGGGCAGGAAGGCCAGCCUCGUCAUCAGUUCAGUGGAGCUGGGAGACAGUGACCAGUACACGUGUGACUCUGGAAACUUCCAGACAACAGCAAAGUUCACUGUGAGAGAAGCUGGAGUCGUUUUCACCAAAUCGCUCUCGGACACCAAAGUCCAGGCAGAGGAUGAAGUGACGCUCUUGUGUGAGACCUCCAAGGCCGGGUCACCAGUGCAGUGGUACCAUGGGGAUCAGCUGCUGGAUGGUAGCGACAAGCGGUUCCAUGUCAAGCGAGAUGGAAAGGCAGCCACGCUUAAGAUCAGUCGCGUGGAGCUAACAGACAGUGGGAAGUACGUCUGUGACUCGGGCUUUAAGAAAACCAGUGCCACCUUGACCGUCACAGAGCUUCCUGUCGAAUUCUCCAAGGAGUUGGGAUCUUUAUCGGUUGAGGAAGCCAACGAGGCUGAGCUGACGUGUGAAACAUCUCGUGGAGACACUCCAGUCGUGUGGCUCAAGGGUGACAAGAUCCUGAAAACUGGAGCCAAGUAUCGCAUGGUGCGUGAGGGCAGGAAGGCCAGCCUCGUCAUCAGCUCAGUGGAGCUGGGAGACAGUGACCAGUACACGUGCGACUCUGGGAACUUCCAGACAACAGCAAAGCUCACUGUGACAGAAGCAGGAGUUGUAUUCACCAAACCUCUGUCCAAUACCAAAGUCCAGGCAGAGGAUGAAGUGACCCUCUCGUGUGAGACCUCCAAGGCCGGGUCACCAGUGCAGUGGUACCACGAGGAUCAGCUGCUGGAUGGUAGCAACAAGCGGUUCCAUGUGAAGCGAGAUGGAAAGGCAGCCAUGCUUAAGAUCAGUUUCGUGGAGCUAACGGACAGCGGGAAGUACGUCUGUGACUCGGGCUUUGAGAAAACCAGUGCCACCUUGAAUGUUACAGAGCUUCCUGUUGAAUUCUCCAAGGAGUUGGGAUCUUUAUCGGUUGAGGAAGCCCACGAGGCUGAGCUGACGUGUGAAACAUCUCGUGGAGACACUCUAGUCGUGUGGCUCAAGGGUGACAAGAUCCUGAAAGCUGGAGCCAAGUAUCGCAUGGUGCGUGAGGGCAGGAAGGCCAGCCUCGUCAUCAGCUCAGUGGAGCUGGGAGACAGUGACCAGUACACGUGCGACUCUGGAAACUUCCAGACGUCAGCAAAGCUCACUGUCACAGAAUCUGGAGUUGUAUUCACGAAACCUCUGUCCGAUACCCAAGUCCAGGCAGAGGGUGAAGUGACCCUCUCGUGUGAGACCUCCAAGGCCGGGUCACCAGUGCAGUGGUACCAUGAGGAUCAGCUGCUGGAUGGUAGCGACAAGCGGUUUUAUGUGAAGCGAGAUGGAAAGGCAGCGGUGCUCAAGAUCAGUCACGUGGAGCUAACGGAUAGCGGGAAGUACGUCUGUGACUCAGGCUUUGAGAAAACCAGUGCCACCUUGAACGUCACAGAGCUCCCUAUUAAAUUCUCAAAAGAGCUUGGGGAAUUGUCGGUUGAGGAAGCCCACGAGGCUGAGCUGACGUGUGAAACAUCUCGUGGAGACACUCCAGUCGUGUGGCUCAAGGGUGACAAGAUCCUGAAAGCUGGAGCCAAGUAUCGCAUGGUGCGCGAGGGCAGGAAGGCCAGCCUCGUCAUCAGCUCAGUGGAGCUGGGAGACAGUGACCAGUACACGUGCGACUCUGGGAACUUCCAGACAACAGCAAAGCUCACUGUGACAGAAUCUGGAGUCGUUUUCACCAAAUAUCUCUCGGACACCAAAGUCCAGGCAGAGGAUGAAGUGACCCUCUCGUGUGAGACCUCCAAGGCCGGGUCACCAGUGCAGUGGUACCACGAGGAUCAGCUGCUGGAUGGUGGCGACAAGCGGUUCCAUGUCAAGCGAGAUGGAAAGGCAGCCACGCUUAAGAUCAGUUGCGUGGAGCUAACGGACAGCGGGAUGUACGUCUGUGACUCGGGCUUUGAGAAAACCAGUGCCACCUUGACCGUUACAGAGCUUCCUGUUGAAUUCUCCAAGGAGUUGGGAUCUUUAUCGGUUGAGGAAGCCCACGAGGCUGAGCUGACGUGUGAAACAUCUCGUGGAGACACUUCUGUCGUGUGGCGCAAGGGUGACAAGAUCUUGAAAGCUGGAGCCAAGUAUCGCAUGGUGCGCGAGGGCAGGAAGGCCAGCCUCGUCAUCAGCUCAGUGGAGCUGGGAGACAGUGACCAGUACAUGUGCGACUCUGGAAACUUCCAGACGUCAGCAAAGCUCACUGUCACAGAAGCUGGAGUUGUAUUCACCAAACCUCUGUCCAAUACCAAAGUCCAGGCAGAGGAUGAAGUGACCCUCUCGUGUGAGACCUCCAAGGCCGGGUCACCAGUGCAGUGGUACCACGAGGAUCAGCUGCUGGAUGGUAGCGACAAGCGGUUCCAUGUGAAGCGAGAUGGAAAGGCAGCCACGCUUAAGAUCAGUUGCGUGGAGCUAACGGACAGCGGAAAGUACGUCUGUGACUCGGGCUUUGAGAAAACCAGUGCCACCUUGAAUGUUACAGAGCUUCCUGUUGAAUUCUCCAAGGAGUUGGGAUCUUUAUCGGUUGAGGAAGCCCACGAGGCUGAGCUGACGUGUGAAACAUCUCGUGGAGACACUCCAGUCGUGUGGCUCAAGGGUGACAAGAUCCUGAAAGCUGGAGCCAAGUAUCGCAUGGUGCGCGAGGGCAGGAAGGCCAGCCUCGUCAUCAGCUCAGUGGAGCUGGGAGACAGUGACCAGUACACGUGCGACUCUGGAAACUUCCAGACGUCAGCAAAGCUCACUGUCACAGAAGCUGGAGUUGUAUUCACCAAACCUCUGUCCAAUACCAAAGUCCAGGCAGAGGAUGAAGUGACCCUCUCGUGUGAGACCUCCAAGGCCGGGUCACCAGUGCAGUGGUACCACGAGGAUCAGCUGCUGGAUGGUAGCGACAAGCGGUUCCAUGUGAAGCGAGAUGGAAAGGCAGCCACGCUUAAGAUCAGUUGCGUGGAGCUAACGGACAGCGGAAAGUACGUCUGUGACUCGGGCUUUGAGAAAACCAGUGCCACCUUGAAUGUUACAGAGCUUCCUGUUGAAUUCUCCAAGGAGUUGGGAUCUUUAUCGGUUGAGGAAGCCCACGAGGCUGAGCUGACGUGUGAAACAUCUCGUGGAGACACUCCAGUCGUGUGGCUCAAGGGUGACAAGAUCCUGAAAGCUGGAGCCAAGUAUCGCAUGGUGCGCGAGGGCAGGAAGGCCAGCCUCGUCAUCAGCUCAGUGGAGCUGGGAGACAGUGACCAGUACACGUGCGACUCUGGAAACUUCCAGACGUCAGCAAAGCUCACUGUCACAGAAGCUGGAGUUGUAUUCACCAAACCUCUGUCCAAUACCAAAGUCCAGGCAGAGGAUGAAGUGACCCUCUCGUGUGAGACCUCCAAGGCCGGGUCACCAGUGCAGUGGUACCACGAGGAUCAGCUGCUGGAUGGUAGCGACAAGCGGUUCCAUGUGAAGCGAGAUGGAAAGGCAGCCACGCUUAAGAUCAGUUGCGUGGAGCUAACGGACAGCGGAAUCGUGUGGCUCAAGGGUGACAAGAUCCUGAAAGCUGGAGCCAAGUAUCGCAUGGUGCGCGAGGGCAGGAAGGCCAGCCUCGUCAUCAGCUCAGUGGAGCUGGGAGACAGUGACCAGUACACGUGCGACUCUGGAAACUUCCAGACGUCAGCAAAGCUCACUGUCACAGUCGUGUGGCUCAAGGGUGACAAGAUCCUGAAAGCUGGAGCCAAGUAUCGCAUGGUGCGCGAGGGCAGGAAGGCCAGCCUCGUCAUCAGCUCAGUGGAGCUGGGAGACAGUGACCAGUACACGUGCGACUCUGGGAACUUCCAAACGUCUGCGAAACUCACUGUGACAGUCUGCUGCCUGUCCUGGAUCAUGCUGGCGUCCACCCACAGAGGCCCCUAUUCAUCUUGA